AUGCAGCAGCAAGACCAGGACAACCCUACGCCGCGCCAGGCGUCUCCGUUGAGGAGAGUGCUCAACACUACGUCCGAGUCCGAACGGCAGCCUGCUCAGAAUCAGUCCCAGGAGGUGUUGUCCCAACUGCUGGGCUUCCAAGUGGAAUCGUGGCCACAUUCCCAGGAACAGCUGGAUUUGGUGAUCCAGCUCAAGAUCGAACAAGAGCGCACCAAGUUCGAGCAACAGAAAUCCAGGAACCUGGAGAUGGCGAUGGAAUUACUCAACGCGGCGCGACAAACAGGUAUCCCUCCAGAACUGAUUCCGUUUCUCUAUGCCAACCUUUCCCCGGAGGAAAUUAAGGAACGCAUCGACAUGGUGCUCAAAUAUCCUCUGCCGCCACAGGGAUAUCAGACCCCGGGCCACCGUGCCGACGAAUCGCCCGUGCGAGCGUACUCCCACCGGCGAUCGUACACCGCGUCUUCUGCCGCGUCGUCUGCGGGCGGCGCCACAUCUGUGUGGAGGGUAAACCUGCCGCAACAACAGCAAUUCCAGUUCCACCACUGGUCUGGGCCGGGCGCCGGCCCCAUGCCCUCGAAGGGCUCCUCUGUAGAUACCGCGGCGUCCUCGUCCGCGCCGUCUGUCAACCCGCAGACAUACCCAGACACGCCCUCUGCGCCAUCGACGUCGUCGCCGACGUCCACCCACAAGCGCAAAUUUUCCGACCCUGUGGCCCCCACGCACCAGCGUCAGCCGUCGUCGCCCACCAAGACGCGCAGCAUAUCACUCGACAAGCGACAACCUGCACAAAACCCCCUUGCAUCGCCCUACGUCUACAGAGACCCGGCUUACGGCGUGCCAUCGUACCCGCCACACCAACCAGGGGUCGCUGGUGUGUCGCGGUUUGCGCAACCAGGCUCGCCGUACCCGUCGCGCCAACAGCCCCCACCUUAUUAUUAUUCUUCGCCGUACCAUCAGCAAACAUACCAGUUUCCGGCUUCAAAGCCGCAGGAGUCUGUGCUUCCGCCGCUCAGGCCUCCGGAGCCGGACGAUAAGUCAAAAAGCAAAUUCCUUAUCAACACUCCUAGAAACCCUCCCAAGUGA